GCUUAUUUAUUGUAAUGUAUAUUUUUCCCCGUUUUUUACAUCUUCUGCAACCAUUUUAUAAAGAAUUAAAGUUACAUUUUUCUUUGAAUCUUACAGACAAAGAGGAUGGCAGUAAGAGCACUCUGGAAAACUGAGAGUAACAAGCAACAUUGGAAAAGAAAGCAAAGGCAGACAGAAAUCAAAAUAUUAUCAAUUUCCUUCAGAAAACCACAAAAUUCUUCUCCUUUCCCAGCUGUUGAGAGACAAAGGAGAGAAAAUUAAGAGGAGAUUUCAAGCUAGAAAAAGUAGAGUAUGAGAAACUCAAGAAUACGUUACAUGAACAAUCAAGGGAGAUUAUAUUUCAUUCAGAAAAAGAAAGGAGGAAAACUUCAGGAAUUAAAGCAUCACUAAAAAAAGAUCACAUAAAUAUUUGACUGCAAGAAUAUCAGUGUUGGAAAAGCUCCUAUUGUGCCCAUUAUGGGAAAAGUACAGAUUGUAAAUCAUAACUGAUUAUGCACAAGAGGAUCCACAUUGUAGAAAAGCUAUAGAAAUGCUAUAAAUGUGAGAAAUGGUUUAGUCUGAACAGCUCUCUUGGGAUUCAUUGAAGGACAUAUAUGGCCUGCAAGUGCUUUCAAUGUGGUAAAUGCUUUAGCAAGCAUAGCAACAUCAGAGGACUCACACCAGGGAGAAACUGUAGGUGCCCAAUUUGAUGGAAAAGUUUCAUUAGAGAUUCUCACCUCUUGAGACACCUGAAGACUUGCACAGGAGAAAAACCAUAUGAGUGCUCAAAAUGUGGGAAAAGUUUCAGAUGGAAUUCCCACCUGGUAUCACAUCACAAGAUUCAUAUGGGAGAGAAACUGUAUGAAUGUCUGAGGUGUGGGAAAGUUUCAGUCAUAAUUCCAUGGUGACACACAGAGAACUCACAUGGGACAAACUGAGUGUCCAGAUUGUGGCAAAAGUUUAAAUCAGAAUUCCUAAUGACACACCAGAGGACUCAUUCUCAGGAGAAAGCUUAUGAAUGUCCUGAGUGUGGGAAAAGUUUCAGUCGGAAUUCCACCCUUGUGACACACCAGAGGACUCACACAGGAGAAAAACGGUAUGAAUGUUCAGAAUGUGAGAAAUGUUUCAGUAAGAAUUCCCAUCUGGUGGUACACCAAAGGACUCGCACUGGGGAGAAACCCUUUAAAUGUUUUGAGUGUGGGGAAAAAUUCAGUCAGACUUCCAGCCUGGUGACACACCACAGGAUUCACACAGGAGAGAAACCAUUUGAAUGUCCUGAUUGUAGGAAAGGUUUCAGUCAUAAUUCCAGCCUGGUGAUACACCAGAGGACUCACACAGGAGAAAAACCGUAUGAAUGUCCAGAGUGUGGGAAAUGUUUCAGUAAGAAUUCUACCCUCGUGACACAUCAGAGGACUCAUACAGGAGAGAAACCAUAUGAAUGUCCAGAGUGUGGGAAAUGUUUCAGUAAAAAUUCCACCGUCGUGACACAUCAGAGGACUCAUACAGGAGAGAAACCCUUUGAAUGUCCAGAUUGUGGGGAAAGUUUCAGUCAGAAUUCCCACCUUGUGCUACACCAGAUGACUCACACAGGAGAAAAACCAUAUGAGUGUCCAGAGUGUGGGAAACGAUUCAGUAGGAAUUCCGGCCUAAUGACACACCAGAGAGCUCAUACUCUGGAGAAACCAUAUGAAUGUCCUGAGUGUGGAAAACGUUUCAGUCAGAAUUCCAGCCUCGUUACACACCAGAGGAUUCACACAGGAGAAAAGCCAUAUGAAUGUCCAGAAUGUGGGAAAUGUUUCAGUAACAGUUCCAGCCUGGUGACACACCAGAGGACUCAUUCCAAGGACAAACCAUAUGAAUGUCCUGUGUGUGGGAAAAGUUUCAGUCAAAUUUCCAGUCUGAUAACACACCAGAAGAUUCACACAGGAGAAAAACCGUAUGAAUGUUCAGAUUGUGGGAAAAGUUUCAGUAAGACUUGUAACCUGGUGACGCACCAGAGGACUCACACAGGAGACAAACCGUAUGAGUGUUUAGAUUGUGGGAAAAGUUUCAGUCAGAAUU